GCAUUUGUGGACUGAAGUUCGUUUUCUGUCUACUUCCUCGUUUUGUCUAUCCCGAGUACAGCACGGAAAUUUAGACAACUAUCAACUAAAGUAUAUUUAUCUGUAGGAACUGUUUAGCUUCCUAACAUGUCAAAGCCUCCUCCCAAACCAGCAAAACCAGGCCAAGUGAAAGUGUUCAGGGCCCUAUUCACCUUUGACCCCAGAACACCAGAUGAGUUGUACUUCGAAGAGGGGGAUAUAUUAUACAUAUCUGACACGAGUGACAGUAAUUGGUGGAAGGGAACCUGCAGGGGGAGAACUGGCCUGAUCCCCAGUAACUAUGUGGCCGAGCAGGCUGAAUCCAUAGACAACCCCAUGCACGAAGCAGCCAAACGCGGUAACCUGAGCUGGCUAAGGGAGUGUUUGGAGAAUAAGGUGGGAAUUAAUGGACUGGACAAGGCAGGAAACACCGCCCUCUACUGGGGAUGUCAUGGAGGACAUCGAGAUGUGGUGGAGAUCUUGCUGAGCCAGCCUAACAUUGAGCUGAACCAACAGAAUAAGCUGGGUGACACAGUAUUGCACGCGGCUGCCUGGAAAGGCUACAGUGACAUAGUGGAGAUGCUGCUCAACAAAAAUGCCAGGACGGACCUUCUGAACAACGAGAAGAAACUUGCACUGGAUAUGGCCACAAAUGCUCAGAGUGCGUCCCUGCUGAAGAGGAAGCAGGGCAGCGCCGUCUCCCGCACUCUAAGCAACGCAGAGGAGUAUCUGGACGAUGAGGACUCGGACUGAGGAGGAGGCCGAAAGAUGGAGUGUGCUGUCCAGCAGUGCUGUCUGUCAGGGACGCAGGAUGAUGGAGUGGAGUUACUGCACCACGGCUGGGUGGCCUUGUCCCCCCAGCCCUAUGGUGUGUCAGCUCUGGUUUUUAUCAC